AUGUCGCUCCUGGUCGAGGGCGUGGCGCUCACGCCGAGCGGUCGGCCGGUGCUGGCGCCGGAGGAGCUCGAGCUGCGGAUGAUCGAGCGCGUUGACGUCGAGUUCGGCGACAAGCGCGCGGGGAACAUGCGCGGCGGGCUGCAGGGCAGAGAGGCUGACAAGUACGUCGCGGGAGUCGCCCUCGUCACCUCGCACAGGCUGAUAUGGCUCGAUCAGGCGAGGGCGCCCGGAACGGAGGGACUGAGCUGCAGCGUACACCUCUCGCGGGUCAUCGAGGCGGCGCCGGUGCCGCUGAAGAUGACCGGCGCGCCGUCCUCGUCGUCCCUCGCGACGCGAGUGCCCCCCGGGCAACCGCCGCCGCCCGCCGCGCCGCCGCCGCCCGCCGCCGCGGGGAGGCCCGCCGCGUUCGCCAUCAGCGCGGGCGUGGGCGGCGUGCUUCACAGGCAGCACCAGGAGCACAAGCAACGGCAGGAGACGGUAACUGAGGCGUUCACGGACAUGAACGCGCUCAUGGCCAAGGCCAAGGAGAUGGUGACGCUCGCCGAGCACCUCGCCGCCGUCGCCAACCGACGCCAACAACGGGGAACGGACUCGAGCGGCUCGGACGCGUCGGACGCGGAGACGACGGAGAUGGACGCGAUGAUGCUGUCGAUGGGGAUAGCCUCGCCGGUGACGAGGGAGACCGCGGGGGCGCUGUACCACCAGCAGCUCGCCAGGCAGCUCGCGGACUGGCUCCCGCAGGUGCUCGCCAAGAGGGGAGGGAUCCUGGCGCUCCCCGACGUCUUCUGCCUGUUCAAUCGCGCUCGCGGGUCCGAGCUCAUCUCGCCGGAGGAUCUGCUCAAGGCGUGCCAGCUGUGGAGGCGGCUCGGGGUGCCGCUGCAGUUCAGGCGGUUCGAGAGCGGCGUGCAGGUGGUGCAGAGCCUGGACAGGAGCGACGACGAGGUUUGCGCGACGCUCACGGAGAUGAUCAAUCGACCGCUCGGACCCUCGGACGACGAAACACGCGACGCGAUGCGAAGGAUGGACGCGUACUCCGCGUCCGUGGCGUUGGGCAUUCCCCCCACGAUCGCGUCGGAGUACCUGCUGAUGGCGGAGAGGCACGGGAUCCUGUGCCGGGACGACGGCCCGGAGGCGACGUACUUCUAUCCAAACUUUUUCCCAGAGUGCGAGGCGACUUAUUAG